AUGUGGAGCCGGAAGUGUCUCCUCUUCUGGGCUGUGCUGGUCACAGCCACGCUCUGCACUGCCAGGCCGGCCCCGACCUUGCCGGAGCAAGCCCAGCCCUGGGGAGCCCCCGUGGAAGUGGAGUCCCUCCUGGUGCACCCCGGUGACCUGCUGCAGCUCCGCUGCCGGCUGCGGGACGAUGUUCAGAGCAUCAACUGGCUGCGGGACGGGGUGCAGCUGGCGGACAGCAACCGCACGCGCAUCACCGGGGAGGAGGUGGAGGUUCGGGGCUCUGUGCCCGCCGACUCAGGCCUCUACGCCUGCGUGACCAGCAGCCCCUCCGGCAGCGACACCACCUACUUCUCCGUCAACGUCUCAGAUGCGCUCCCCUCAUCGGAGGACGACGACGACGAUGAUGACUCCUCUUCGGAGGAGAAGGAGACGGACAACACCAAACCAAACCGUAUGCCCGUGGCUCCGUACUGGACGUCGCCAGAAAAGAUGGAAAAGAAACUGCAUGCAGUGCCAGCUGCCAAGACAGUGAAGUUCAAAUGCCCUUCCAGUGGGACCCCAAACCCCACGCUGCGCUGGCUGAAAAAUGGCAAAGAAUUCAAGCCCGACCACAGGAUUGGAGGCUACAAGGUCCGUUAUGCCACCUGGAGCAUCAUUAUGGACUCCGUGGUGCCUUCUGAUAAGGGCAACUACACCUGCAUCGUGGAGAACGAAUACGGCAGCAUCAACCAUACCUACCAGCUCGAUGUCGUGGAGCGGUCCCCUCACCGGCCCAUCCUGCAGGCGGGCUUGCCGGCCAACAAGACCGUGGCCCUGGGCAGCAACGUGGAGUUCAUGUGCAAGGUGUACAGCGACCCGCAACCCCACAUCCAGUGGCUGAAGCACAUCGAGGUGAACGGGAGUAAGAUUGGGCCGGACAACCUGCCUUAUGUCCAGAUCUUGAAGACGGCCGGAGUUAACACCACCGACAAAGAGAUGGAGGUGCUGCACUUAAGGAACGUCUCCUUUGAGGACGCGGGGGAGUAUACGUGCUUGGCGGGUAACUCUAUCGGACUCUCCCAUCACUCUGCAUGGCUGACCGUUCUGGAAGCCCUGGAAGAGAGACCGGCGGUGAUGACCUCGCCGCUGUACCUGGAGAUCAUCAUCUAUUGCACGGGGGCCUUCCUUAUCUCCUGCAUGGUGGGGUCUGUCAUCAUCUACAAGAUGAAGAGCGGCACGAAGAAGAGUGACUUCCACAGCCAGAUGGCCGUGCACAAGCUGGCCAAGAGCAUCCCUCUGCGCAGACAGGUGUCGGCCGACUCCAGCGCGUCCAUGAACUCCGGGGUCCUGCUGGUUCGACCCUCGCGUCUGUCCUCCAGCGGCACCCCUAUGCUGGCCGGGGUCUCUGAAUACGAGCUUCCCGAAGACCCUCGCUGGGAGCUGCCUCGGGACAGACUGGUUUUAGGCAAGCCCCUGGGAGAGGGCUGCUUUGGGCAGGUGGUGUUGGCGGAGGCCAUCGGGCUGGACAAGGACAAACCCAACCGUGUGACCAAAGUGGCCGUGAAGAUGCUGAAGUCGGAUGCAACAGAGAAAGACCUGUCGGACCUGAUCUCCGAGAUGGAGAUGAUGAAGAUGAUUGGAAAACACAAGAACAUCAUCAACCUGCUGGGGGCCUGCACACAGGAUGGUCCCCUGUAUGUCAUCGUGGAGUACGCCUCCAAAGGCAACCUCCGGGAGUACCUGCAGGCCCGGAGGCCGCCGGGGCUGGAGUACUGCUACAACCCCAGCCACCACCCCGAGGAGCAGCUUUCCUCCAAGGACCUGGUAUCCUGCGCCUACCAGGUGGCCCGAGGCAUGGAGUAUCUUGCCUCCAAGAAGUGCAUCCACCGGGACCUGGCCGCCAGGAACGUCCUGGUGACGGAAGACAACGUAAUGAAGAUCGCAGACUUCGGUCUUGCUCGAGACAUCCACCACAUCGACUACUAUAAAAAGACAACCAACGGCCGACUGCCCGUCAAGUGGAUGGCACCGGAGGCCUUGUUUGACCGGAUCUACACCCACCAGAGCGACGUGUGGUCUUUUGGGGUACUCCUCUGGGAAAUCUUCACUCUGGGCGGCUCCCCGUACCCUGGGGUCCCCGUGGAGGAGCUUUUCAAGCUGCUGAAGGAGGGUCAUCGUAUGGACAAACCCAGUAACUGCACCAACGAGCUCUACAUGAUGAUGAGAGACUGCUGGCACGCGGUCCCCUCACAGAGACCCACCUUCAAGCAGCUGGUGGAAGACCUGGACCGCAUCGUCGCCUUGACCUCCAACCAGGAGUACCUGGACCUGUCAAUGCCCCUGGACCAAUACUCCCCCAGUUUCCCUGACACCCGCAGCUCCACCUGCUCCUCCGGAGAGGAUUCCGUCUUCUCUCACGAGCCCUUGCCCGAGGAACCCUGCCUGCCCCGACACCCGGCCCAGCUGGCCAACGGCGGACUCAAACGGCGCUGA